CUACUGCUGGUGUCCGUUCCUACCAGUUGCUUGAACAUGUAAAAACGAUUGAAUGCUUUGUUUCCCCAACCCCAUCGCGGGCCACGAUUUAGCAAACCCCUGAACCUAGCUACGUCGGACGUUUUGUGAUGAAGGUAGACGAAUGCGUUUUGGCGUCUCUGCUGGUUCACAGCGGCAGCAGCUGGCUGAAGAACGUGUAAAAGGACUAGAUUAAAGUGUCUAACAGUUUCGCGAGUGACUUUCUCCAAGACCACCGUCAAUCCCUGACAGAAAAGUCGGUGACUUGUGAUGGAAAAACAGAGCCGCGCCGCUGCAUUCCUGUCAACGAAGGGGAAGCGGUUGGAAGCCCUUCAAGCUACAUUUGAAUUUUUUUGUUUUUCAAUGCGUCUACGUCACUUCUUGUGGGUUUUUGUGUUUAGCGAUUGUGUGUCCGUUGUGUCCUGGGCCCGAUGUUUCAAUCGUUUUUCCUUGACUAUCGUGGCGGUAGUUUUUUUCCCUUGGAUCGAAGGCAUGAGUGUUGAUUGACUGCUGGUGACGUCUGACUUCCGUUACCGUUACGUGUUAUAUCAUGGAGUCAGUCAAGCGUGCUUCUGUGGACCGGCUGGGUAACGCAUCUUUAUGCCGGCCACCAGGGUUUUUCAGAUGCAUAAGCAUGUGGCUAGUUGCCCUUGCCCUAGGGGAGCAGCUUGUGUUUUCCCGUUUUGACUCGGUAGGGGCCGUCGAUUGUCCUCAACUGCAGGAAAGCGUGAAGCUGCUGGCCGCAAACAAGGUCCUGGAAUCUCUUCGACGGGAACCGAUAUCUCUGUCGGCUUUUAACUACACAACGCUGGAGUUCGCUCAAAGUACCACUAAUCUCAUAUUGGCUAAAGAGAUGGACAAUGCCUUGCGUGAACAUUCGAAGUCGUUUCUGGGCAGCGACGACCAAUGCACUGCGUUUCUUCGUCGUCUGCUGACUGCAAACUGUUUCAAAACCAGUCCAGAUGAUACCUAUUCGUGGCAACAGGUCGUAGACCGCGUACCCAUGUUAUUAUCCUACUACGAGCGGGAAUGGAUUUUCGAGGCCACUGCGGAAGAAAUUGAUUUAGAGUUCCGGAGAAAUAAAAUCGAUCUGAAGACUUUUGAAAGUACUAAGACGGCAGAAGAAGCUGUACAGCUUCUUUUUGACAAGCUGACUCCAGUGGUGGAGGAGCUGAUGAAGAAGUGGCCUGAGGAAGCGAUACGAGAGAUUUCUCUGAAACAGUGUCUGGCCGGUGUUAAACCGCUGCUAGUUGGUAGGAUGGUUUUUCAGCACACGGGUACAAAAACCGUUAGCGAGAUAUUUGGUCCCUACCUUGAACCCAACUGGAUGGAUGUGCCUUUGGCAAAGCCCCAGAACACGUUGACCUCCGGAAGCGGAAUCUAUGGUCGCCUAUACCAAAUGCAGGAUGAGAUAACGGCUGCUUUGAGUAAGAAAAAGAUCGACUUCAAGAGCUUUCUCAAAUAUCAGUCUCCACAGGAGGCUUUUCAACGUCUUAGGGGCCGCAUCCGGCGUCACGUGGUCCAGUUACGGGAGAAAUGGACUCCGUAUGAAAGAGCAGCAGCAACUGAAGAUGGAUGCGUCGACGUGAUACUUGCAACACUUGAUCCUGCUAAGGUGUUCACCAAUACGAGUGACAAAACAGCCCACGAGAUCUUCGGGGGCUAUGGGGAAAAGAAAUGGGAGGAAGUCAUUCCAACACCAAGUGGCGCUGUUGCUGUUUACAACCAAGUGACGCAAGUGUGCCUGUCUGUCUCAGGAGCGUUCUGUCUGGCGUUGCUUUUUGUGUAAAAUCGUCACUGAAGUGGUGGAUAGAGGAACGCCGGCGCAUUCGUGCGGGUAUUUCACUUUAGAUCUCGGAGACCAUCAGAGAGUCUGUACAGGGUCCAUCAUCAUCGUAACGGAGGCCCCUCUGCCUCGAGGAUAGCUCAUGUGAAACAGCUAAGUGUUUCGCAGGUGUUGCUAUUUUGCUGUGUUCCGCGUCACGUUUUCUCCCGUUUUCUGAGAGUUCCUUGCGGAAAGGUGCCUGUAGGACGGCGGGCACACUGAGAGAGAACGCUUGCGGUGGAAAUGUUCCGUGUCACGAGGUGCAUAUUCAUCAUACAGACUUAUAUUACAUGCACCUGGCUCAGCACACGCUGUACAAGUUUUGUCUACGGACAUGCAUUUUCGAGCACAAAUAGAUACUCCUGUUGUUAUCCGAAACAUGAUCAUGAGCACCCGUAAAGGCAGUUCAUCCAAUGGAUGGUGCGCAGCGUUUGUGUGCAGCUGCAACUUGGUUUCGUGCGUUGUUGUUUCGAAGCGCUAAACACAAAUACUUCCCUACAAUCACGUUGAAUUGGGUUCGGAAGCAUUCGCACGAGUUCCAUUGCAAGAGACGCGGUCUGGUUCUUUGCCGAUAAAACUACACGCCGCAGCCCUGUAGACAGCACUCUUUGUAUAAACUUAUAGCACUACGAAUAAUCCGGUCUCAAGGACGCUGGCAGAAAAACCCGAU